AUGCCGACUUGCACGUGCGAAAAUUUAUCUCAAGACGAGUUAAUAAAUCAUGUCUGUCAGAUUAAAAUUCUAAGUGACUGUGAAUCUGAUUCAGAUGAAAAUGAAUUUGGUGGCUUAAAGAAAUUGGAAAGUAGUGUUAGGUACAGCGAUGGUUCAGUACGGCUAAGGAAUCCCAACAUUGAAUUAAUGGACCAAGACAUUCUUUACCAUCUAGCUCUUGGGAGUGGUUCUCAUGAUCUAGUUGAAAUGUUUGGUGACAUUAAGUUUGUAUGCAUGGGAGGAACACCAAAGCGGAUGGAGAAUUUCGCUAAUUUCAUUAUGAAAGAAAUAGGUCACAAGCUUCCGACUGGUACUACUCUACUGGAUAUCAGCCAAUACUCUUAUCGUUACUCUAUGUACAAAGUUGGUCCAGUCUUAUCAAUCAGCCAUGGAAUGGGAAUACCGUCUGUCGGAAUAUUGUUGCACGAAGUUAUCAAACUCAUGUAUCAUGCAAAAGUUCGUGAUCCUAUAUUCAUCAGAAUCGGAACAUGCGGUGGAAUUGGUCUUGAAGGUGGUACUGUUGUUAUCAGUGAAGAGGCGGUUGAUGGAAUGCUCAAAUCAUACUAUGAAGUGCCAAUAUUGGGAAAAAUGGUUCGACGACCAGCUAAAUUGGACAAACAGUUGGUUAAGGAGUUGAACGCAAUGGCGCAUCCAGAGGAUCCGUACGACACGGUAAUCGGAAAAACCAUGUGUACGCACGACUUUUAUGAAGGCCAAGGUCGUCUUGAUGGUGCAUUCUGCGAGUUUACGGAAAAUGAUAAAAUGGAGUAUCUUCAAAAGCUGCAGAAAGCGGGUGUUGUUAAUAUUGAAAUGGAAGCUGUAGCUUUUGCAGCGCUUACGCACCAUGCUGGUAUUAGAUCUGCCAUUGUAUGUGUUACUUUGCUAGAUAGACUGAAAGGUGAUCAGCUUAUGGCACCGAAAGAAGUCUUAGAAGAGUGGCAGAAGAGACCGCAAAUUUUAGUGUCACGAUACAUUACCAAAUAUCUGCAAACAAAAGGUCGCUUGUCACUAGAAGGGCACGGUUCGAUGGCAGUUAAAAGUCCACGGCGUUUUAAACUCGUUCAACAAGAAUCCGAAAACUACGACUAA